GAGGCCGGAACAAGCUGUGAAGUGGGAAAGGAAGAGGAUAAGGUGGGAUUCGAAAGGCGAGGAAACAUGCGAGCGCCUCCACUCCCCAACCCCGUCGCCGCUCGUCUUCGUCUUCGACCGAGCGCCGCGACCCCUCCCUCCCCAUCCCGCUGCCGGGCAGCGGCUCAGCCCCCUCGCUCCGUCUCUCGUCUUCCUCCUCAUGCGAGCGCCUCCACCGCAGUAAGAUGUAGGUUUUUAUCAUGGUUGAAGCUAAUACGGCAUGACGUUAGAGUGCAAUCAUCCAAUGUAAACAUUGGAGCUGGGAGUUAUCAAGGAGAUGAAGCAGGUAACCAUGGGGAACAGUUGGAUAAUUCUGGUACUAAAAGUUCAAAUCAACCAACAAAACCAUUUUCGGGGUAUCAUUACCUUCAAGCUAUUGCUGCCGUGCUACUUCUGUGUGCUCUGGCAUCUGCGUUUAUUGUUUUCUUUAAAGGACAGCCAUCCGCUGUUGUGGCUAUGCUAGCAAAGUCAGGUUUCACGGCAGCGUUUACAUUGAUUUUUGUAUCGGAGAUUGGAGAUAAGACAUUUUUCAUUGCUGCAUUACUCGCUAUGCAAUAUCAAAAAGCAUUGGUUUUACUUGGGUCAAUGGCUGCUCUUUCCCUGAUGACUAUUGUGAGUGUCGUGAUUGGACGGAUAUUUCAGUCUGUACCAGCUCAGUUUCAAACAACGUUGCCCAUAGGAGAAUAUGCAGCAGUUGCACUCCUUGCAUUUUUUGGUUUCAAAUCGAUUAAAGAUGCAUGGGCACUUCCAGAUAAUGCAAAUGGGGAUCUUGAGGAGAAAUCUGAAUCUGGUGAACUGGCUGAAGCUGAGGAGCUUGUUAAGGAAAAGGUUUCUCAGAAACUCACCAAUCCUCUUGCGGUUCUCUGGAAGUCCUUCAGUCUUGUUUUCUUUGCGGAGUGGGGAGAUCGCUCUAUGCUGGCUACAAUUGCUUUGGGUGCUGCACAGUCUCCUUUGGGCGUUGCUAGCGGGGCCAUAGCUGGACACUUGAUUGCAACUUUGCUUGCGAUUGUUGGGGGAGCAUUCCUUGCUAACUACCUAUCUGAGAAGCUGGUUGGCCUGCUGGGAGGAGUAUUGUUUUUGCUAUUUGCUGCCGCCACGCUUCUCGGUGUAUUCUAAUCUAUCUGAAGAAUUUGUUGCUUGCAAAAGUUUUCCGGUGCCAAUGUGGUAUUAUUCCAUUCUGAAGUUUCAAGGGUAUUCCAGUUUAAUGUGCAAAAUUUUCACUGUGUAAUUAGCGCUUCUGUACUUGUCAGAAGAUUUUGAUCUGUAUAAUCGUAGUUAUGUUGAAGGGGUGACGCAUGUGUUGUAGGAUGUUAUGAUUCCUAUUAUGUAUGGACAGUUACCUCAACAAAACUGUCCAUAAGUCCACCAUCCUUGUAUAUUCAGCAACAUUAUUUAGUUACACAGAUACCUUCUUUAUAAAUAAAGGCCUAAAACCUCAAUGUAAUUGCAUCUGUGAUAUCAAUAAACAGAGACACUUCUCGCAAAAA